AGUGGGUUCUUUCAUAUGCUGAGGGUGAAGGGAACUGCGGCGCUGGCGGGGUUGGUUCGGGCCGUGGAUGGGCUGCAGGGCCCGGUUCGGGCCGUGGAUGGGCUGCAGGGCUCGGUUCGGGCCGUGGAUGGCCUGCAGGACCCGGUUCCCUCCCGUUCUUCCUUCUUGCUGCCUCUACCCGACAGCAAGGCCCGGCCGGAGCCGCGAGGAUGGAGGGAGGCGGUGGGAGCUGCCCUAAGUGCUCUGCGAGAGGGAGGGUUGGUGGCUGUGCCCACGGAUACGGUGUAUGGUGUGGCCUGCUUGGCUCAGGACUCGAGUGCUGUGAGGAGCAUCUACAGCCUGAAGGGGAGGAAUGGGAUGAAGCCGCUGGCCAUCUGUAUAGGGGAUGUGGAGCAUAUCUAUAGGUACUGCCAUGUGAAUGUGCCGGAUGAACUGCUGCAGGACUUGCUCCCAGGACCUGUGACCCUGGUCUUAAAACGAUCAGAAGAACUAAACAAAGACUUGAACCCUUUUACAUCGUUGGUUGGCGUUCGCAUUCCAAACCACCCUUUUAUUAGGGAGCUGGCACGAGCUUGCCCUGGACCAUUGGCUUUAACAAGUGCUAACAUCAGCAGUCAGGCGAGCACGCUGACUGUUUCGGAAUUCCAAGACCUUUGGCCUCAACUGUCCUUAGUUAUUGAUGGAGGCCCAAUAGGGGAUGUCCAGAGCCCAGAAUGUCGUUUGGGGUCAACUGUGGUUGACUUAUCCGUGUCAGGAAAAUUCACCAUCAUUCGUCCUGGCUGCGCACUGACAUCUACAGUUGAGAUCCUGAGGCAGAAGUAUGGCUUGAUCCCAGAAUCAUCUUAAGACUUCGGACUCAGGCUCUGCGGAGCUGGUAAAGCUGGACACUAUGUGCCUGUGCAUUCAGCAGACGGUGUUAAUGGCCUUGUUUAAUGAGGUUGAUGAGUUGUGUCAGGUCAGUAAACAAAGGUAAUGAGAGAAACGAUGGGUGUCUGUUAAUUAGUCUUACACCUACUGAAUCCUGAGAAACUAUGCUAAACUCUUUAUGCUGCUGUACAAUUUCCAGAUACCUGUCUGUUUUAGUAAUGUGAUCUAAAAUAAAACAAUCGGAGUAUUAGACUGUUU